GCACUCCUUUUGCAGAGAGAGAGAGAGAGAGAGAGAGAGAGAGAGAGAGAUAGAGCUGGGGAAGAGAGAAGUCCAGAAAGCUUUGGAGCAUUGAAAGAAGAAAGAAGACUUGCUGCUGCCAGAUUUACACACUCUACAUUCGAAAAAACAACAAAGUGAAUUCUUUUCCUUAAAAAAAAUAAUAAAAAAAGUUAGAAAAGCGGCCAUGGACGGGAUAACAUUUGGACGCGCGUCGCUCUUGUGCACCUUGCUGCUCUGGGCAUUUCAAGUGUGUAGUGGGACUGUAACCGUGCAGGUGGCUCCUAAAGUGGAGGUGUUGAAAGGAGAAUCAGCCAAACUGCCCUGCACAUACACUGUCUCAACAUCAUCAAGCAACACUGUUGUUGAGUGGUACAUUGAGCUGGAGCAGGGAACUGCCAGGAAGCGUGUAGCUUUCCGCUCCCAAGGUGGCGAGGGAAAAAGUGAUGAAGGCACCACUCUGACUGGGCGGGUCACUAUCGGAGAGGACUUCACCUUGACCAUCUCCUCGGUUAAACCCUCCGACGAGCUAAACUUCUACUGCCAGGUCACCGCUGGCCCUGCCGGGGUCGGAGAUGCUGCCACUAUGCUCAAAGUCUUCUUUGCUCCCGAGAAGCCAGAACUCACAAGGCCGUCAAGUCAGGCCAUUUCUGCAGGAGAGACUAUCAGCUCCGAGAUUGGUACCUGUGUGACAAAGAAUGGACAUCCCCAGCCAAGAAUCAUCUGGUUCAAAGAUGACCAGCCCCUACCUGAGGUCAAGGACAGGAAAGAGAAGACCUACAUGAUUCCCUCUGUGGUUAAGGAGGCCUCCGGUCUCUACACUAUCAAGAGCACCCUGUACAUGCAGCCCACCAAGGCAGACAAGGACUCUGUGUUCCAGUGCACCGUGGAGUACAGCAUGCCAGGAGACCAGAUCAAACAGAAGAAGUCUGACACCAUCACCAUCAACCUCAACUAUCCCUCUGAGAAAGCCACCUUUUCCCUACUCAACACGGAUCCAGUCAAAGAGGGCGACGAUGUUACUAUGAAGUGUGAGACUGAUGGAAACCCUCAGCCUGAGUUUGACUUCACUAAAAAUGGAGAUGACAUCAAGGGUCAGGGUGGUCUCCUGAUGCUAAAAUCUGUGAAGCGGACAGACAACGGCGUGUACACAUGCACGGCCACAGAUUUCGAUAACCUGGAUGCUGACCUGAGCGGAACCAUCACCCUCACUGUCCACUACAUUGACCCAGUGAACGUGAGCCCUGCCCAACCCCAAGUCGUCAUGCUUGGAGACAAGGUGGAGUGGCAGUGUAAGACCAAGGCCUCUGCUGCACAUACUGUUCACUGGAAAAAGGGCUCCGAGGUGCUUUCUCAGGACGGCACGCUGUCAUUACAAGAUGCUACCUAUGAUAAAGCUGGAGAGUACAUGUGUGUUGGGGCAGUGCCAUCUGUGCCAGGACUGACAGCUCAGGCUAGUGUCAACCUCACCGUCAAAGGAAAGCCGAUGAUUGAGACUCCCGCUGUUGGAGAGGUGGCGAAGGAAGGAGACAUGGUGACUCUGAAGUGCUCUGCCUAUGGCUCUCCCGCCCCUCAGUUCACCUGGAAGCCCUCAGGAAAAGAGUCUGUAUCAGUUGAAGGUAACAAGGUGGUGAGCACCGUGACCCUACAAGCCACGGCCGAGGUCAUGAAGGACGGGGUGACCUGCGAGGUCUCCAAUGAGCACGGAACAGAUAGCAAGGCCUUCUUGGUAUCUCUCAAAAGAGCAAUUGACAACUCAGCCGACAGAGCUGACAAGCAGCAGGGAGGCUCCAGCGGGGUGGUGAUAGCCGUGGUGGUAUGUGUUCUGCUGCUCCUGCUGCUGGUGGCCCUUAUCUACUUCCUGAAUAAGAAGAGCAAGCUGCCCUGCAGCAAGAAGGACAAGAAGGAAGUGGCCAGUGGAGAGGUGAAUAACGACAUUGUAGUGGAGAUGAAGACUGACAAGGCCAACGAAGAGGCCGGUCUCCUCAACAAGAGACCGUCCACAGAACAGUGAUGAAACAAGACAAUGAAAGUAACCGACAGAGGGAUGAAGGGAAGGAGGAGAGCAGUUAUGAAGACAACAGGGCUAAUUUUUAUUUACUACACUAGACUGGGGGGUACAAGAAGAGGUGGAGCAUGGAAAUUGGGUUGCUUUGGGGACCUCGGGAGACUCACUAUGUUUGGCAUUGAUUACACUUGUUUUAAAACCUGGAGUAGACCUUUUGGAUGGAGUUUCUCCCUUUUUAUUUUAAAUUAAAGACAGAGUUGCCCUUAAAGAUUAAACUUCAUCCAUCAAUGCUACCACAGGUUUAAAACCAUACACGUGCAAAAUCACAAUGUGACAUCACUGGAUUACAUAAUUAGCUUCUUUUGAUUCUAACUCUUUAUUCACCAAUCACAUCUUUGGUUGACUCCGUUGCAGAAUAGAGCUGUACAGUGAGGCGCGGCUGACACAAUCCAAACAGUGGCAGAAUCUUACUUAUCUACCCCAAAUGAAACACAAAAUGCCAUUAAAUGCCACGCACUUCUCUUGGAGUGUGUGUCUACAUGCAAGUGUAACACUGAGCCUCUCUAUUCUGUCUUGGAGUCUUGCACUUAAAUUCUGUGCUCUCUGCUGGGUAUAUUGGGGAAAAUAAACACAGGCUGCCAUUCUGUUUUAUUCACCUCAAUAACAAGUGAUGAUUUACGCUCACAACAUUUAAUCCUUAAGCACACUGUUUGGCACCCAUUGCUGUAACAUAUCUGCUUAAAGAAGCUCUGUGUUUGUUUUAAUGCUGUUUGUUUAAUUGCAUUUUUGCCACCUGUGAAUGUUUAUGUAUUUUUUUCCCCCAAUAUCCCUAAUUAGCUUUCAGUAGAAAAAGCCAUUUAAUAACGCCAAUCCUUACUCUAAAAUUGCUUGCCUUUUUAAAUCCAGCUGAAACGCCACCAAACAAGCAAGCUAUUAGGUUGUACAAAUUUUUUCUUGCCAUUCCCAGCAUACUUGUAUAUUAUGUUAGUACAUCAAUUGUUCACUUGUUUUCCUUUGUUAUCCUGUUUCUCUGUAAAUUCAAAUACUGAUUACCCUGUCUUUCAAGCAGGAGGUGUGCUGUGCAUGGCGCAAAGCUUAAAGAGUCUGUGGCUACUAAGCCGCUGAUCUAGGACUGUAAUUACUACCAUUUCUCAGUCUUUCACAUCCUUUCAGUCCUCUACUCCUGGAUGAAACCAUUCGCACAAGAACAGCACACAGUAGUUCCACUUAGAAAGCCCAAUCCUCAUCAGUUUUUACUGUAAAAUUGGUGGAAUUUGGUGAAAUGGUAGACAAUCUCAAACUGUGACCUGCUGUGUUGUCGUUUUCACAUGACAACGAAAUGGGACUUUGAGGGGCUACGGCGCAGUAGUCACAGAUUCACCUUUUAGGAGAAAUCACUGGUGUGGGUUCACUCUAGUUUGAUACAAGCAGGGAAGGGAAGGGAAGGUGUGGGAGGGAGCGGGUUUGUUGCUGGAGUAUGCGAUGUACCUUUUUGUUUUUACCAAAUGAAAACAUUUUAAGUGUCACAGCAGGAAUGUUUCUGUGUUUAGGUACUCAAUACUGCCAUUUCUGUUUCUUCAUCACACUGUCGGCAGGCCAGAAAGGUUUGAUAGCGGGUUGACGUGCCUUUUUACUUUGUUGUACACUGGAACCAAUGGCCUUGAUUUAUUUUAUUUUUUUUAAAAGGUCACCUCGAACCACUAUCUCUGCCCACAAGGUUUAUUUUUAUUUUGUUAUGUUUGUCUACUGAUCUUGCCAUUUUGACUGUUAGAAAUCCUGUGAUGGCAGGGGAAGAUAGAUAAGUGAACAUGCAGCAUCGUUUUUCGAUUUUAAUGUUUUAUAUAAAAAUAUUGUGGUAUGAAAGUUGUUUUUUUUUAGAAAGGGGAUUCUUAAUUUUGGAACUACUGAGUUUUCAUUUUUCCCAUGCUUUUUCCACUCUGCUCUGAGAGAAGAGAGAAAUGUUUUUGUUUUGUUUUUUAAUUUAGGGUUCUUUUUUAUGAGAUAUUCUCAGUGCUUUACUUUUCUCUUUCUCUGUACUGUAUACUGUAUAUUUUGUGGUACGCUGUUGUGACCUCUGUGGUGUGUUGAUGUAUCUUUUUAUUUUGUUCCAGCUGUGUAGAAUUUAUAAUGAAAAAAACUCAUGGAAACCAAUCA